AAACAGGAAACAGUUAACCACAUAUUUCUUGUACACGCACACAAAGACUGAUCAAGCACAAUUCUUACUUGACGCUAUCUGUGUAUAGACAUCUAGAAAUCAAGACCUUGAGAUGAAAACAGGAUGAAGUGAAAAUGGGAACAAGGGGGCUAUUUGUGCUACUCUGCACCCUGCAAUACAUACAGGGGAUACAAGGUUCUGCAGUUCUGGAUUCUCUUACUUGUGUCAACAACUACAAAACACACUGGCGGUGUCAAUGGAAAAUAAGUGCAGAAGCUCAUGAACUGCUCCCCAUGAACCUAAUCUACUGGAGUGAUGUGACCAGCAGUGGAAGUCCGCUCUGUGAACCAGAUGACUCUGGUGAGAUAAAAGAUGGGGAAUUAUAUAUGACUUGUCGAAUAAAUGAAAAGUUCAUCUAUACAAUGACUACCACAUACACCUUCCUACCAAAACGUGAUGUGAGUAGAAAUACUCACAUCAUCCCUAACUCAAAUGUUCGGAUGCUACCACCAGAAGGGUUAAUGGUCCAAAAGUCUGGCUCAAGAAACAGUUCAAUAACUCUACGCUGGAGGAUGCCUGAUAAUGUUUCCUACCCUAGACUUCUACUGUACCAAAUCGCAUACUAUAGAAAGGACUGGGAGACUUGGGAGGAUGCAGCUGUACUUAAUGUUAUGGGAAAGACAGAAAUCAGCUUCAGUCCUCAGCUUUUUGUUCCAGGGAGCACCUACCUAUUCAGAGUCCGUUCUGUACCAGACCAAGAACAACUGUAUCGGAGUGCCUGGAGUAACCAUAUAGCAUGGAUGAUGCCCGAAGAAGAGGACAGAGCUAGCCCUCAAAACCUGCACUGUGAAUAUGAUGGCCUUACACAGAUGAAGUGCAGCUGGGAAGUGAGAAAAGAGCUGAGGUCCAUGUCCUAUGUGUUAUACUACACGGAUGGUGCUGAUUAUGGUACAACCAAGACGUCUAUUCAUGAGAGGAAGCCAUGCAAUAACCUGUCACGUCAAAUGAAAGAUGGAACUCCUUACAUACUGUACAGUUGUACAUUCCAAAUCCCAUCUUCUCAAGCAAACAGAUCUUUUCAUAUUCAAGUCCAACCACAGGAGGAACUGAGAAAUUUCAGACCUUAUGAACAUAUUCAGACUGACCCUCCCACACAUCUCCGGCUAAAGGAACCGAUACACCAUAAAUACAAGUUGGGGUGGAGUCCACCAGAGGUUGCAUAUUCCACCAUCAAGCUGACGUACCAGUUGUACUACUGGAAGCAAGGAGAUGAAGAAUGUCCUGAUCUCUUACUGGUUAAUGUGUCUGGUAAUGUGCCUGAAUAUUACAUUCCAAAUUCUGAACUAUUGAGCUCAACUAAUUACAUAGCUAAGGUGCGAGCAAAGCCUGAUGAUGGUUCUGGAUACAAUGGGCCAUGGAGCGACUGGAGUCAGAGCUAUUCAUGGACAACUGACACAGCCAUGAAUACAGUGGCCAUAGGUGUUACUACAUUUAUUACUUCUGUAGGAUUCUUGCUUGGCUUGUAUUUUGGGAUUACGUAUUUCAAAAGACUAAAACAGCAGUGGGAGAAUUCCAUCCCGGACCCCAAAAAAAGUAAACUCAGCAAGUUUCUACUGGGAUACGGAGGUACAAAUUUCCCCCCGUUCAUUAGUCAGGAUUUCUUUGCAGAUGUGGAAGGGCCAUUGGUAUCUCAAAUCAGUCCAAUUGAAUCACCGGAAUCCACUUCAGAAGCAUUUGUAGUGGAAACACCAGCAAAGCCUAAUGCAUCUCCAUUGGGACCAUACUCAAUGGCUCCACCAACUGCAGAAAAUGUCCAGCAUCACCAAGCUUCUUGCAAAUUGCUAGACAUUGAAGCUGCUCAUGAAGUAAAAGCACCACUCUUAUCACAACCUACAGAACAUCUUUCCAAGAUGGACCACAACAGUCCAUACUUCAUUUUUACUCAAGCACAAUCAAUGUCAAAUUUAAUUGCAAAACAAUCAAAGUCAUCAGAUUAUUUUAUGCUACCUAAAUGUAACAGCAAGAUGUUGAGUCCUCCAAAGGAGUUCAUCCCAUCUCGUCAGACUAUAUCCCCUGUAAAUGAAAUGUGUUACGUGUUGAAUAUGAAAAAACAUCCUACUCUGCAGACACCCCAGAAGGAUGAUGAUCCUAAGAAAAGCAGCUACUUUACCAUUCCAUCACCCUCUGAUGUCAAAGUUCCCCAAGAAGGACCUUUGAUGAUCACUAAUCCUGAUGGGACUGGUCCUCUUGUGUUGAAGCAGGUGGGAGAUUAUUGCUUCUUCCCUGGAAUUCAUGGAAGUCAAGAGAAUUUAGAAAAGAAGAUGACGCCCGUAAAUGACAAAGUGCCUCCACAGAUGGCAAAAGAUCCAUCUCUUCCUGCUGUGCAAGAAUUCAAAGUCAUGCAAAGAGAUUACUUUGCUUUACCACAAAAUUAGCAAGCUAUGGUGAAAUUAUGUACUAUAUCUUCAGAACUAGCAAAGAAUGAAUAAUGCAUUUUGUAGAACAGUAUAGCCCGAAGAAAUUACUUUAUACUACUGCUGAGAUAUGUCCAAGACAAUAAAACUUGCAUAGAUGUCUUGAUGGACAGUGAGAUGAGAAACCAUACAUUUUAGAGUUUCUGGUAGAGCAUGGCAGCAAGUGCCCUUUUAUACAGUGUACCUAUUGUAUGCAUGCUUUAAUGUAAAUCAGUCUACACUUAAAGAUGUUGUCUGGUUUAAGGAAAACUUUUUCAAAUACCCUAUUAAAGAAUUUUGUGUUCAUAAA